CGUUCCAAUCGAACGAUGAGUUAUGGAUGGGGUCGUCAAAGGCCAUGCGUCUCCACCGAGUUAACGUUUUUUUCCAAAUCUUUCCUUUCAGGUCUCUCCGCCGAGCUGUACUACGUGCGCGAUGGCCAGGUCAACGAGUACGCGCUGCACUUUACGGUCCCCGUGCCGGCGACCGUCCAGGACAUUUCGUUCACGUGGCAGGCCCUCAACGGGAAGCCGCUGCCGUACAAGAUCAGCAUCGUUACGUCCGACCCGCUGGUGCUGCCCAAGCCGGCGAUGAACAUCUCGCGGGCGGGCGAGAUCCCGACGCAGAUUGAAACGUUUUCGAUCAUGCUCAAGUGUGCGGGGCGGGAGGCGGCUGAAGUUGAAGUGACGAUCACGAUCGAGGUUACGCUGAACCGAGCGACGGGGAACGCGACGGAGCUGGUUUUCCGGAGGAAGAAGAUUUGUCUGGCGAAUGAACAUCCGGACGCGAAUCAACCAGAUCCGUACCUAUUGGAGACGGUGACCCACACCCAGAACGGGUUGAUCACACUGAUCAUUGGAGGAAUUCUGGCGAUCGCACUCGUAUUGAUCCUCAUCUCGAUCGCGUACUGUGCACGAGGCCCGAUGAAACGAAAGCCUCAUCACGCGCAACCAAUUCGUACCUCCAGUUUCCAGCGACUUCAAACCCACCCUCCAUCGGCACCUUCCUCGAUCGUUUCCCCCCCGUCGAUCGCGCCCACAAUCGCCACCCUGUCCCGCAACAAAAUCUACGCCAACGCUGAACCCGAGGAACUUCAGCGUCGCAUCUCCGAACUGACCGUGCAGCGAUGCCGCGUCCGGCUAUCCUCACUUCUUCAAGAAGGCACCUUCGGCCGUGUCUACCGCGGAUCGUACAACGACAGCCAGGAAGUGCUCGUCAAAACCGUCGGCCCGCACGCGUCCCAAAUGCAGGUAUCCCUACUACUCCAGGAAGGAAUGAGUCUGUACGGCGCCCAACACCCCGGAAUCCUCUCCGUGCUGGGAGUGUCCAUCGAGGAUCACACCGCACCCUUCCUGCUGUACCAAGCCCCGGACAACAUGCGCAACCUGAAGAUCUUCCUGCAGGAACCCGUCGCGCGCACCAUGACCACCAUCCAGAUCGUCAAGAUCCAGCUGCAGCUGGCGCAAGCCAUCGGACAUCUGCACAGCCACGGCGUCAUCCACAAGGACAUCGCCGCACGUAACUGCGUAAUCGACGACCAGCUGCGGGUCAAACUGGCGGACAACUCGCUCUCGCGGGAUCUCUUCCCCGGCGAUUACUACUGCCUGGGGGAUAGCGAAAAUCGCCCGAUCAAGUGGCUCGCCCUGGAGGCGAUCCAGUACAAACAGUUCAGCGAAGCGUCGGACACGUGGGCGUUCGGUGUGCUGAUGUGGGAGCUGUGCACGCUGGCGCGGCAGCCGUACGCGGAGGUUGACCCGUUCGAGAUGGAGCACUACCUGCGCGAUGGAUACCGAUUAUCGCAGCCGAUCAACUGUCCAGAUGAGCUGUUCGCAAUAAUAGCCUACUGCUGGACGAUGCUGCCGAUGGAGCGGCCCUCGUUCGAGCGGCUCCAGAUCUGCCUGCAGGACUUUUACGCCCAGCUGACGCGGUACGUCUAGGGUUUGCCGAACGCCGCUGCCAGCGUUAGUUCUGCUGUCGCGGUAGUUCCCCCAACCCCGCCGAUUCCAACGCCCCCGAAGCUGCCGCCCCAGCAGCAGCAGCAGCAGCAGCGGUUCUACAUGCUCCCUACGCCGCGGGCCCUUUCGCUGAGCUUUAGCCUGCGGGUCAAGAACCGCCACAACGAGUUCGUGAGUGGCUCGAGAAAGUUCCACCAGAAGGGUGGCCACCACGACAGCAACGACAACCACAUCUACGAGUGUCCGCCGGAGGUGGUUGCGACCCCGGUGGCGACCAUCCUAGCCACGCAAACGCUGCCAGCGCCCGGGAAGGCGUACGCGUGACACAAGGCCAAGGGCACCACCGUUGGGCGCGGUGGACCCCUGGCCACGAUACGGGAGUCCCGGAAGAGCCGCGGCGAAAAAGCCAAACAUGCCCGGAAUAGCACACAAUCAAACAAGCAGAGUAACGGCGGCAACGCUUUUGUUAUACACUGUAACGGCGCUGGUAACGGACAAUGAUGCUUGUAGGAAGCCCGCGAAUCUCACAAAUUUAAACUUACACACACACAUAAUUCGUGCCAAAAAUAAUUCUAGCGAACGUAUUUAGGAUAGACAGAAACACCUCGGAUAUCGAUUUAUCACAAAAGGCAAAACGCAAUCUCUGUUAGCUGAAGUAGAACAAAUUUUAGAUGAAGGCAUCCUCUAUCAUCGUAAUCAUUACUUAAACAUCCUAAACAUACAAACAAAAAGCAUCCACUCAUAUCCAUUCCCGUGAUUAGAAGAUAUCCUAGACUCGUUAUGUGAAACUGUAAAAAAUCGUUGUAAAUAUUUAUUUCACUAAGCAGAAACUAUUGCACGAAAAAACGUCAUUCGUCUACUUUAAAACAAAAAGAAUCGUAACAAGAGCAUUUAAUAACGUAUUUAUUUGAAUCAUGUUAAUUCACUACAAAAAAAAUCAAAACAUCAAAUCAACCUACUAAACGCCCCUGUUGAAAGGCACUACUCAAAUUUAAAAUAACCCACUCAAAAACAGCAAAUAGAACGCGCUCAAUCUGCCAGCAAAAACUAGAUAUGCCUUGAUUUUGCACCAAUUUUCCCCCCACCAUCAAACACCCUCACCCACACAGCCAAUAAAACACUGCCGAUUUGUAGACUGAUAUCAUUUUCGCGAGACGCGUCAGGCGACGAACCCGAUCGUUAUGUUAUAUGUUGUAAUAUAGAUUUUUCCUUCUUUGUACAGUAAGCUAGAGUGGUUUUAAACUCUUCAAGUUGCGUUUAAAAAAGAAAGUUUUUAAAAAUCCCCUUUUUGUACAAUAUUUGACGAAGUACGCAGCAGCAGCAGCAGAAUCGAGAAUGGUCUUUAAGCUUUGUUGAUGAAAGUUUUGUAGAAAGAGAUGAACAUUAUAGUAUGGUAAUUAUCGGAACGCAAUUGAAAAACUUCCUGUGUGGCAAGAGUUAGAAUGUAGGAUGGACGUUGCAAGAAAUAAUGGAAAUUGGAUAACCGAUAGCAAACGAUGGUGGGCAAAAACAAAAUAUGUUGACGUAUUUGUAGGGACUUAUACAAGAGAAAGUGUAACAUGCAAAACUAAUCCAUAAACGCAAUAAAAAAUUGUAUAUUUUA